AUGGGAGGUUUGAUUGGAGCUUUGGUUGGUAACUUGAUGGGAGCUUUGGUCGGUGGGAGAGUGAUAGGUCCCAGUUAUAUCUUGAUAAGAGUUGGAAACUCGGUAGGAGCUUUUAGUGGUGGGAGAGUUGAUGGCUUGGUGGGAGCUUUCAACGGUGAGAGGGCUGGUGCUUUGGUGGGAGCUUUCAGCGGUGAGAGAGCUGGUGCUUUGGUGGGAGCUUUCAACGGUGAGAGAGUUGGUGCUUUGGUGGGUGCUUUAAGCGGUGAGCGAGCUGGUGCUUUGGUGGGAGCUUUCAGCGGUGAGCGAGCUGGUGCUUUGGUGGGAGCUUUCAGCGGUGAGAGAGCUGGGGCUUUGGUGGGAGCUUUCAGCGGUGAGAGAGCUGGUGCUUUGAUGGGAGCUUUCAACGGUGCGAGAGCUGGUGCUUUGGUGGGAGCUUUCAGCGGUGAUAGAGCUGGUGCUUUGGUGGGAGCUUUCAACGGUGAGAGAGCUGGUGCUUUGAUGGGAGCUUUCAACGGUGAGCGAGCUGGUGCUUUGGUGGGAGCUUUCAACGGUGAGCCGGCUGGUGCUUUGGUGGGAGCUUUCAACGGUGAGAGAGCUGGUGCUUUGGUGGGAGCUUUCAACGGUGAGAGAGCUGGUGCUUUGGUGGGAGCUUUCAACGGUGAGAGAAUUGAUGCUUUGGUGGGAGCUUUCAACGGUGGGAGAGCUGAUAGCUUGGUUGGUGCUUUCAAGGGUGGGAUAAUUGAUCGUAGCUUGGUAGGAGCUUUUAACGGUGGGAGAGUUGAUCGCUCAGUAGGAGAUUUUAACGGUAGGAGAGUUUUUCUUGGAGCUUUGGUCAAUGGUGUUAUUAGUUUUAUUGGAGGUUCAUCUGUAGUACUGAAAACAAAGGAAAUGAAGCAGCAAAGUGCUAAGAGAGUUAGCAAAACAUUCUUACCAAUGAAACCCAUCUUUAUCCUUUUGUUUUUGUUUGUGUGGGAGUUUGGCUUGAUGUGA